AGGAAGGAAGGAAGGAAGGAAGGAAGGAAGGAAGGAAGGAAGGAAGGAAGGAAGGAAGGAAGGAAGGAAAGGAGGGUCGAGACUUCGGGCCGAUGGGUCUCCCACCGUGGAUCCCCCUCCUCGCUCUCUCCUGCGCCCUGCGCCUGGCAUCCGGACAGAGACACACGGUUUUCUGGAAUAGCACCAACCCCAAGUUUCAGAAGGAGGAUUACACCGUCGAGGUGCGCCUGAACGAGUACUUGGACAUCAUCUGCCCCCACUAUGAGGGUAACAGCGUUCCCGGCCACUCGAUGGAGCGCUACACCUUGUACCUGGUGGAGCGGGAGGAGUACAACACCUGCAAACCACGUUCGAAGGAUCAGGUCCGUUGGCAGUGUAAUCGUCCAGAUGCCCUGCACGGCCCCGAGCGGCUCUCCGAGAAAUUCCAGCGUUUCACGCCGUUCACCCUCGGCAAAGAAUUUCGGGAGGGCCACGAAUAUUAUUAUAUCUCCAAACUGAUUCACCGGCACCAAGACUCCUGUCUUAAACUCAGAGUGAAGGUGGUUGGGAAAAAAACUCUGAUACCACCUGGCCACAUCCCGACGCAAAAGGGGUCUCUUCAAUCAGACGAUCCAGACGCCCCGAUGUUGCGCAGUGUGGGGUACAAUUCCGCCCCGCGGCUCGGCAGCCCGCUGCCCUUCGUCGGCCUUUUGCUGUGGGUCUUCCUCUCUCGGGGCCCCUGAAGGGAAUCUCGGGCCCUCCCAAUGAACCCCCCGGAUUGAGCCAGGCAGGGUGGAUCCUGACCAGGUCCACGCGGCGAGCGAGCGAGACGGCAACGUGGGAUCUUCAGGGUUACCAACCCUGAAACUGUCGGUAGCGUGAGGCGCGAAGAAGCGCAGCGCACGCCGCAGGUGUGGUAAGGACAGUGUGCAAAUCCUCUCUUGUUCUUGAGAGCGAUCUCGUUGGACUCCCAGUGCGAGAAAGCAACGCGGCGAGCAGACGACGUGUCCUCCGCAGGUCGGAGACUUAUCCUCCGUGAGUCCGAGACGCCGCGGAUCCUUCGGAAGUUUGAUGGACAUUGUUGGACUUUUCGAGCAAAUGUCGUUGGACUUUUCGAGAAAAUGUCGUCAGACUUUUCGAGCAAACAUCGUCGGACUUUUCGAGCAAGAUACGAAAAUAUGGGCUGCUUCCUAAACCACCCACUCCCCUCCUGGACGUACGAGACCAUGUGAAUAGUUUAUCGGACUUAAAACAGGCAGGACCUGAAUUUGGGGAAGACACACACAUACGCACCCCGCGCCACUCUGGUGACUCAGGAUUUUUGUCCUCGCGAGCCGGACAGGAAAGCUGUGUCCAAAGGAUAUCGCUUCCAGAACUCAGAUCGAUACUAUUUAUUAGAAGGAAUAAAACUGGGUGACAACCCCAGCAAAGAUUGUAAUUCACAACGAGACAAUUUUA